UCUUUUAUACUCUUCUCUCUCUCUCUCCUCUAACUUUCUCUCUCUAUCUCUCUCUCUCUCUGGUUUUGGAUUUUCAGUGAAGAGCUCUCUCUUCGUCUUCUUCGCGAGCAUGGACGGGGUCGAACCUUACAACCCGCGCACCGUUGAGGAGGUUUUCAAGGAUUUCAAAGGUCGAAGAGCUGGAAUGAUUAAGGCUCUCACAAUCGAUGUUGAAGAGUUCUAUCAACAGUGUGAUCCUGAGAAGGAGAAUCUUUGUCUUUAUGGAUUCCCGAGCGAGCAGUGGGAAGUCAACUUACCCGCUGAAGAGGUUCCUCCAGAGCUUCCAGAACCAGCACUGGGUAUCAACUUUGCCAGAGAUGGAAUGCAAGAGAAAGAUUGGCUAUCUUUGGUUGCUGUCCAUAGUGAUGCAUGGUUACUUUCUGUUGCCUUUUACUUUGGUGCUCGAUUUGGAUUUGAUAAGGCUGAUAGGAAACGUCUUUUCAAUAUGAUAAAUGAACUUCCAACUAUUUUUGAGGUUGUAACGGGAGGGGGGCCGGGGCCUAGGAAACAAGUCAGGGAGAAAUCAUCAAAUUCAAAUCAUGGCAGCAACAAAUCUAAUAAGUCAAACACUAAGCGAAGCUCUGAAUCGUCCGCAAAGGCAAUGAUGCUGCCUAAGGAUGAGGAAGAAGAGGGUUUGGAAGAGGACAACGAGGACGAGCAUGGAGAGACACUCUGCGCUGCUUGCGGGGAGAACUACGCAACAGAUGAAUUUUGGAUUCUAUGUGAUAUCUGCGAGAAGUGGUUCCAUGGCAAGUGUGUGAAGAUCACCCCGGCAAGAGCUGAACAUAUCAAACAGUACAAAUGCCCAUCUUGCAGCAACAAGAGAGCCCGGCCUUGAUCGUUCCUGGGAAUCUUGGGUUUCGACUCUGUAAUCCAUGCGCUCUCUCGAUUGCUAAUUGGUCUAGUAGGUCAGGUUUAUUAUGUUCAGUUUUGUGUUGUGUAAGUUUAGGAAUUUAAUUCAGGUUCAAUGUGUAGGUUGCAACUCUGCUUCUGUUACUACAGUACAGUGUUUUACUUUGCUAAUGCUAGGGUAUUUAUGAUCA